ACGUUUACGUUUGUCUACGGGUACGUACGGGUCUACGCCUACGCUAUGCGCUACGGAAGGAAGGAAGCUGAAGAGCAGUCACGAUUAGAUUUGCACCAGAAAAAUUAUUUCAGACUUUGUUUUUGACAUAUUAACAUGGUUAAAGUAUCGGUCAGAGAAUUUCAACUCUUAUCGAUGCUUGAUUGGACUGAAUAGGAGCAGCGAGGAAUGAAUCAAAUUACAGUUUAUUUUAAUAUAACAACCUGUUAUGCAAUAUACUCUAAUUUGACUAUUAAUCCAAACCAUUAAAGUGAAGGUUUUGGAACAUGGCUAACAAUAUUGUUGGAGAUUGGUCAGAAGAACUGCCUGUGAAUGUGACUGGCCAAAUAUGUUCAGAACAUGAUCCUUUCACACUAGACUUCUUUUGCAAGGAGUGCAAGAGAGAAGUCUGUGUAAGCUGUGUGGCCUUUCAUCACUCUGGCCAUGGUAUUGGACAUUUGAAGGAUCAUGAAAAAGAACAACUGUCAGAACUACAGGAAAAGCUUCAAAGAAGAAAAAGAGAUGUGAAGCUCAGGAAGAAAGAUUGUGAGGAUAUGCUGUUAAAGGUUCACGAAAAAGCAGAGGAAGAUUUAUUUUCUAUUGAUCAAGAUAGAGACAGGAGGAGAUCAUCAGUAGAGCUGACAAGAAAUGACUUUGAGAGACGUGUUAAGGGCUGUAUAGAGAGUCUUGAAAAAGAGGAGAAUAGAAUAUAUGCUCUUGAAUUUUCAUCAGAAACAGUCCUGACAUUAAGAAAACAAGGAGCUGGUGACAAAAACACUUUGGGUGAUACCCAGGAAGAACUGAGAAAGUGCAUCAGUGCUCAACUUCCUCGUGUUAAGACAUAUAAAGAUUUGAAGUCAAAAUUCUGGAGAAUAGUGUCUCCCAACCGCUUCUCAUCAUCCAGCAGUAGUAGUAGUAGUAGUAGUAGUAGUAGUACCUCUUUGCCUUUCAGCCCUGAAGAUAGUAGCAUAAUGGAAGAAACAGGGACCUUAUUUAGUCGUGGAAUUGCUUUUGACAAUUUUGGUGCUGCAGGAGGGCUAGUAUUUAAGUGUGAUAGACAAGAAGUUUUCGAAGGGUGUGAUCUGAACUCUAGAAGAGAUGAUUUAGUUUUCUCUGAGCUGGUUUCUCAUCUCCUACCUGAACACUUAACACCACUAGGUUUGAACUUGGGUGUGGAUAAUCCUAUUAUUAAACAAAUUGUACAUAAUAACCCUCGAGACAUAGGUAAGGCGAUAUUCCAGGUGCUUAAGGAAUGGAAAAUAACUCUGUGUACUGAAGUCUUAAUGGAGGAACAUUUCAAGAAACUAGAAGAGUGUCUCAGGAAAAUUAAGAAUGAUCCUGCAGCUGACUGGCUUACAGAGAGAAUGAAGGAUUCUACUGAUCAACCUAUGGAGAUUUCAUCAUCCCGUGCCAAACUUGUACAACCAUCCUCUUCUCCUGACCAAUGUGUUCAACCCUCCCCAUCUCCUGGCCAAUCUACAGUACUACCCUCCUCUUCUCCUGGCCAAUUGACGACAACCCCCUUGUCUGCUGACCCACUUGUGCAACCCUCCUCAUCUCCUGGCCAACUUGUGCAACACUCCUUAUCUCCUGCCCAACUUGUACAACACUUCUCAUCUUCUGGCCAACUUGUGCGACACUCCUCAUCUCCUGCCCAACUUGUACAACCCUCAUCUUCUGGCCAACUUGAGCAACCCUCCUCAUCUCCUGGCCAACUUGUGCGACCCUCCUCAUCUCCUGGCCCACUUAUGCAACCCUCCUCAUCUCCUGGCCAACUUGUGCAACCCUCAUCUCCUGGACAACCUGUGCAACCCUCCUUAUCUCCUGGCCAACUUGUGCAACCCUCCUCUUCUCGUGGCCAACUUAUGCAACCCUCCCCAUCUCCUGGCCAACUUAUGCCACCCUCCUCAUCUCCUGGCCCACUUAUGCAACCCUCAUCUCCUGGCCAACUUGUGCAACCCUCCUCAUCUCCUGGACAACUUGUGCAACCCUCCUCUUCUCGUGGCCAACUUAUGCAACCCUCCUCAUCUCCUGGCCCACUUGUGCAACCCUCCUCCUCUUCUGCCAGUACACCACCAGUACAAUUUCCCUCAUCUGAGUAAUCUUUUGGCCACUCCAAGUGCACUUGAUCUGUCUUGUUCUUCAUCUCCUAGCCAACCUAUGCAUCCUACUCUAUCCCUGUUGAACCUCUAACCUCUUGGUCAACGUGGACAAACAUCCUCAUCUACUGACCAACUUGUGCAGCUGUCUUCCUCUUCAGACUUUAAUACAGCAAGUCAACAAAGGCUUGCUUAGCUGUAAUAACCAUAAACCAAUCACCCUUUUCUGAAAAAAGACCAUCAAUUUGAUGUGUACAUGUAAGUUAAUGUUUUGAGAAAAACAAAUACCAUCAUACACACAGUCAUUGCUUAGAGCUAAAAGCAUACCGUAUCGCUUGUAAACCAAAAAUAUACAUUAAAUACAAGUCCAUUGUGCUUUUAGUCUGUACAUACAUAUUUACAGUACUAUAAAUUAUAUUGCAUUUGAUGUCAAUGUCCACACUAUUCACUCACUUCUAAUGAAGAUGACUGUGUGUGCCUUGAAUUUUAAGUGCAUAACAGUUAUGCUUUAUCACUUUAAGUAUGAUAAUUAGAAUGACAAUCAGCUGGUACUGCAUGCAGUCUUUCAUCGUUCUUAAUAUCAUCAGGCUUUACUGCCAGUAUUUUCUCUUUUAACUCAAUUGCAUAUCCAGCAUGAAAAAUUGUCUGAAUUACAUUAAGCUGUUGUAGAUUUCUUGCCUGUUUAAAAAUGGAUUUUAUAUUUAAUAUGUUAGAGUUUAUUUUGUAAAUUUGUAUAGAAUAAUUACAAUAUCAAAUUAGACUGCCCAUUACUGCAUAAUUGUAUGAUGUAAAAAUGAUUUAUUUGACUUUAAGGAUGAGAUAUAUACAGAUAUGUCGUUUUUAUUUAAGUAUUUUGGUAAAGAAUCAUUAGGAAUAAAUACUUGCCAAUUUGCGAUUCAAGAAAUGUUUAUCCAUGCAUCGGCCAAGUACUCAUGUAAUUCUUUUUUUUUUCUGCCAAACUGCCUCUUUAUAUAAAUGUAUACUCCAAAAAUGAAACCCUGUAUUAUCAAAGCUUUAUCACACAUGUAACUUAAUUAAAAACAAUAUAUAAAUGAAAUACCAGUUAUCAAUGUUAAGCGUAGAGGCUUUUCCUCCAUAAGGUGCAUAUCUAAGGUUCAUAAUGCAAAAAUAAUCAUGUAAAAAUUAUUUGAAAAAAGGAUACCAAAUACUCAUUUGCAUUUCAGACAGUAUCUGAAUUUCAAAAGAAAAUCAUAUUUCUUGAAAUUCCCAUCUUUAUUUAUGAUUCCUUUGAAAUAUGGCAUGGGAAUAACAUAAUGCUUGAAUUUCCAUAUUAUAUAAUUACACCUUUGUUUCAGCAAAAGUUUAUUCACCUGUUGCCUCUCAAACUUAUAACUUAGUUUUGUUGACAAUCAGCCAUGCAUAAAGACUAAAGUCUUUUGUCAACUCCUCGUAUACUAUUGCUAUGGUAGGCAAAUAAUUAUAGAAAUGCAAGCAUAAGUUUAAAGGUCACAUCCACCCCAGAAAAAAAUUGAUUUGAAUCACUAGAGAAAAUCAUACAAGCUUAAUGCUGAAAGUUUCAUCAAAAUCAGAUGUAAAAUCAGAAAGUUAUGACGAUUUAAAGUUUGCUUAUAUUUUAUGAAACAGAUAUACAUGCACAACUCGGUGAUAUGCAUAUGAGAGAGUCAAUGAUGUCCCUCACUAUUUCUUUUGUUUUUUUAUUGUGAAUCAUACAAUAUUUCAAUUUUUACAGAUUUGACAAAACCACAAAAUGUUAAAACAGUAGUAAUUCCACAUGUUCAGGGAGGAAUAAAACUUUUGUUUCACAUGACAAUAAGGAGAAAUUAAAAAAAAAAUCAUAUUUC